UAAUGGUUGAUCGUUGAACCAUAAACCACUAAUUUUUCUGGUUUAUCAUUGGGUUCGGUUAUAAAAACAUAGAUAUUUUCAAUAGUAUGAUAAUUCCAUUGAAAUAAUAAAUCCAGCUUUAAUGGUAUGAAAGAGACCAUGUUGGGCAUAUUACCCAAUUAGCCAGUCGCUAAUUAAUUCUUAAUACCAAAUUAACCAUGUUAAUCAAGCAUCACUCAAUAAUUUGAUUCGUGAUCAAUCACUAUCAGGCAGUACCAAAUUGGAAAAAAGAUUUUACACCAUUCAGUACCGGAAGUGUUUUCCCUUUUUUUCUUCCUUCGUUUGGAUCUUUACUUUUUCCCAAGCGAUUUGACUUGUUGACUUUUGUGUGUUGUUAGCCGUAAGCGGCCGGGGGUUCAUCGCACGAGACAUGACGUUCGAAAACAGCGCGGGCCCCGCAAAGCACCAAGCCGUCGCCUUCCGGUCCGACUCGGACCUGUCGGUCUACUACCGGGUCGAGGUCCGCGGCUACCAGGACUCGCUCUACACCCACACCAUGCGCCAGUUCUACCGCGACUGCGUCAUCCGCGGCACCGUCGACUUCAUCUUCGGCAACGCCGCCGCCGUCUUCCAGAACUGCUCCAUCCUCGCCCGGAAAGGCCUCGACAACCAGAAGAACACCAUCACCGCGCACGGGAAGAAAGAUCCGAACCAGGCGACGGGCUACUCCAUCCAGUUCUGCAGCAUCGGCGCCGACGCCGACCUGCUGCCGUUCGCCAAUUCCAGCUACACGUACCUGGGCCGGCCGUGGAAGAAUUUCUCCACCACGGUGGUGAUGCAGUCGUAUAUUAGUGCCGCGGUGCGGCCCGAAGGGUGGCUGGAGUGGAACGGGCCCAUGUAUCUGGACACGCUGUACUACGGGGAGUAUAUGAAUUAUGGGCCUGGGGCGGCGGUGGGCCGGAGGGUGAGGUGGCCCGGGUUUCACCUGUUGAAUAGUUCGUCCGAGGCCAGUAAUUUCACGGUGGCCCAGUUUAUUGAGGGGAAUUUGUGGCUGCCGUCGACGGGAGUGAGAUACAGCGCCGGGUUUCAGCAGGUGUGAACACGAUUAAUGUUCGACAAAUGUGGUGGAGCUGUUUGAAUUGAAUUUAUCUUUAUUUUUAUUAGUUUGGGUGGACUGUAUUUAUUUGUUGGCCGGUGGACUACGUCGUAUGGAGGAAAAUAUAUAUAUUGCAAAGCAUGCAUAUAUAGCUCUCUUUUUUUACAACACAAAGGGGGAAAAGCUUCACUGAUUCGACUUCGACAUAAGCUUUUUUCGUUUAUCCUCUUUUUGUCUUUCUUUCAUGGUGAAGGAGAUAUUUCAUAUUAUUACGGCCAUGUGAUAUUUUGGGAUGAAAGUAAUUUCAGGGCUUUCUUUACCACCGUAAAAUAUUUGUUAAAUCGAAUUAUCACUUAUGGAAGGAUUCCAACUUCCUUUAACUAAAAGUACUCGUGGUGAUAAGAACUUUUGCUUCAAUUUUUUGGUGCCACAACUAAGAACCUGCGGGAAAGAGUGAAUCAGAUUUUCAGUCGCUGGAUCUACGAAUCAGAACAAGAAUAAGACAUGGGAGUUUGG